AUGUCCUGUCUCCAGGCCCUGUGUUCUAGCAUUGUUGCCAUGUUCCUGGGACUCUACCUACAACUACUAACCACUGGUGAAGCUGUGGACAUACAAAAGCUGCUUGAUGUAAAUGUGGUUCCCAUGGGCCCUGCAAAACCAGGAGAGAACAUUGAACUGGCAUGUCGUAUUCAAUCAUUUUGGACAGCUUGCACUGCGGUAAAGGUCUACACUCAAAGCAACCUGACCAUUGAUUUCCCUUUGGGAAAUUUCAAUUAUACUUACUGUGCAUGUCCUGGGGAAACUAAGACCUUCUACUGGACAAUCCAAAGCAACAGGACUGUAAAUGUAGGAUGUAAAGCUGUUUUCCUCCUGGAUAAUGUUUGCCCUGAGGGCCAGAAUUCAGUUCCUCCCCAGAGCAAAAGAAGAUAUGGUUCUAAUAUGAAGACCUUGAAAAUAUCUAACUAGCUACAAAAGCCCAAGGCUCUCUCCUUUCCUCUCAUCAUUUAAAGUCACUCUGUUAGUUCUGACCCCAGAACUAGCUCUGAGCCUCUGAGACCAGUUUCAAAUGUAGAAUAAACAUAUCA